AUGUUUAUUCUCUUUAUAUUUAUAUUCGUUUCUUGUGCAAUAAACCCAAAAGAAGCAGGUCCUGAUGACAGCAUUAUAUUACCCGAAAAUCUUGUUACAAUUAUACAUAAACAUUAUACCGAGUCAUUUGAAAUAAUCAAACAAUUAAGGGGUCUUUAUACUGAUACGGUUGGAUAUUCAUAUCUAUACGAAGAAGGAAUGGCGAAAGCAGUCGACGAAAUGCAAUCACUGGAAGACCAACUUAUUAAAUUACUCGAGAAAAUAUUGAAUACAAGACGUACAACAAAAAAUGAAUUUAUACAAUUAUGUCUGUUACUCUCCAAGAUUUAUAAUUUACAUGAAGUUCAUCAUGGUUAUGGCAAAUACAUCCUUUUACUUCGAAAUAAUUUGGAAUCGAUUUCUAAAACAACACAGAUAGACGCGAGAAUGAAAACUCGACUCAAAUUGUAUCUCGUGUUGGAUUUCAAUUGGUUUCUUAAUCGUCGCAGUAUGUUAAAGGAGUUGUCAUCUUUCAUUGGUUUAUUAAAAAGUGGACAUUAUCUUAAAGCACAAAAUUUAGUUAUGGCUUUGGUAGAGACAUUAAAACAAUAUCCUUCUGUUGAAACAUCACAAACACAACUACGAGAAGAAUUUCUAAUCCCAAAGGUGCAACAACCAGAGAAGCCAGAAGAUCCAAGUGAAAAACCAAGUCUUUUAAAAAGAAGUAGUUCAAUAGGUGAUUUAAUUGGAAAAGAGCUUAAGAGAGAACGUUUGAGAAGAAGUCUAUCGCAACCAACGACAAGUUCACAAACACCAACAACAGCUGGUGGAGUUAAACCAAGUAAAGAUAGUGGCCAAGAAAAAGGAGCUCCAACAAAGGCGGAAUUGGAAAAGAAGAAAGAAGUUGAAAUUCCAAAAGAUUUAAUGAAAAAAAUAAAAGAAAUUAUGGAGUGUUUGGAACAGAUGAUUAAAAACCUUAAGUCACUCAAAUCGUUCUCGUUCCAAAACCAAAUUUUAUUUACAACACAAUUUUGGGCUACGGCGGGUAUGAUGGAAAUGAACAUUGACGAUAUUAGAAAUUUGUUGGUACUUGUUGAAAAGAGGGGUCAUAUAAAUAUAGAAAUGAUGGAAGAAUGGAUGAAGAACAUGGCCAACCAUUUUAAUUUACAAAAUUUGAAAGCUGGAUUUGGAAACUACAUAUUUUAUAUUUCCAGAAAUAUCGAAUAUGUUAAUAAAAAAUAUUCUGGAAAUGAAGUGAUGUUGAGAAAAAUAAUGAAAAUGUUGUUACUUAAUGAUGAGUGCAUCGAACAUCUGUUAGAACUUGUCGACUUAUUAGCAACUUUGCUUCAAAUGAACAACGAUGAUGCGUUUGUCAACAAAAGAUAUAAAUUAGUUGAUCUUUUAAUGCGAAUCAAAACAGAAAAUACACAUCUAACAUUAAAAUCUCUUUCUACUGGCAAAAGUGGUGCCAAAUCAACAGAAGCUAAAAGGUCUCCAACAACAGAGAAAAAAUGA